AGACCAUUUCUAUUUCAUGGGAAUGAACUUGAUGUUCUUACUGUGGGCCACCGAGAUACAUUUGUGAGGCUUAUGAUAUGUAGAGAUUCAUUAUCUCAAGUAGGAAUGUCCAAAGUAUUCCACAAAGGGCUGUGUGGUUGCAGGUUUUCAUUCAGCCUUGAAUCAUUUAAUCAACUGAUCUAAGUCUUCAGACAAUCUUCAAACUGGCAGACACAUGGCCCUUCAUAGAAUUGUUUGGACAUGCCUCAAUCUGUCGACAAAAACAAACAAAUCUCUAGGCUUAAGUCUUGAGACAGAGGCAAUUCUUUCACAAUGUCCUGUUAAAGAUUAGAAGCUUUGCAAUCUUAGUUGAAGCAAUCAAAAAGCGACCUUUUUAAGGUCACCUUGACAGAAAACAGAAAACAUUUGAAGGAUGUGUUGAAAAUAGUGAUAUUCUGGAUAAAAUUGUUUCAUAUUAGGGCUGCUCAAUAAUGAGCCUAUAGACUUCAUAUGAAUGGUUAAUAUUACUAUUGAACAUCCAUAUGAAUAGUGAAUGGGUUUUGGCAGCAGUUUAUAGGGAUUCACGUAAGGAAGGAAUGAUCAUAUAAAACAUAUAUGUGGAAAUCUUUCACAUAGCAGAUUAAUUUCACUUAAGCAUCUGUUUUGAACAUUCAAAUUGGAAAGAAAGUGGUUUCUAUGGAAGAGAAGGUACUGAAGAUUCAUUUGUCUAAGGUCACAACUUCACGUGACUGAAAUGAAAUAUUUAUUUUUACACUUUCAGUGUUUUUAUGCACAGGAAUGUAAUAUCAAAACCGACAUAAAUGACCAGAGCAGUGGUAGUACGCCACCAAUUAAACAGCAGCAGGGUUUCAGAUCACAGCCUUGCUCAGACCUAAGUAAAGUUAACAAUAAAGCAGCAGUUUUUAUUAGUCCUAUGAGGGGGUGCCUUGACUAAAAUAUUAUAUCCUCAAUGCAAUCCGAAAAUUCUAUUUAGGGUAUAUAUACCUCAGCAAGAUUUUGAAGACAGGCAUUUUAAACAAAGACAUCAAACAAAGUGUUUUUUUAGCUGUGGUGGAAAUGACCAUCAUCAUCCUUUGGACUAACACACACUAAUGUAUCAGAGGCAGUAUCUCUCUUUAAACAUCCAAAUACUGUAUCUAAGCAAUUCCUGCUUUAAUCACGGAGCUUGCACCACUGAUGAAAGUCACAACACAUUCAUCUAUAGUUUACCACCUAACACCCACAUCUGCCAUCUGAGCCAUUUUGUCCUGCUGUUGUGUGAGUUGUGUGUAUAAACAUAAAGUUUUUUUUAAUGAAUCAGGCCAGUAGCAUUAAUAUUCUUUAACAUUCAUGUUUAUUAUAAGAAAGAAUGAAAGAAAAAGUAUAAACCAGACAAGAGAAUGAAAAUGGUUAUUUGGCUUGUUUACUGCAUUACAUCACAGUGAAAGCCUGUGUGAAAACAUCUGACCAACCCAAAAGGGGCUGGUCCCCUGCUAACCUAAUAUCUCUUUAGGCAUGUUCAAGCUCAGGCCUCAUUUCGCUUCCUCAAGCCUCAGAGACACACUAGAAACAACACUGUAAGCUGACAACUGCAACUAUGGAAUGAAUGGAGAAGACUGCAUAAAGUAGACAUCAUCAACACAUUACUCUCAGGAGCACAGGAGUCAAAAAGAAACCCAUAAGAAAUCCUUUGGAAUAUAAUCUGAACACUUCUCACAGUAAAGGAAAAGCUGCUCACUAUGGAACCAAAGGGAUCCAUCACGUCCCCCAAGGACAGACCUCAACGGAGUCUGAGCACCAGCUCUGGUCUACGCUAUGGCUCUCUUGUUAACAGCGUUACAUCCCUUGCACCGGAGCUGGCGGACAAACCACCCAUAUCAAAUACACGGGCCUACAUAGCUGUAGCUGUGCUUUGCUACGUCAACUUGCUCAACUACAUGGAGCGGUACACAAUAGCAGGUGUCCUUCCCAUCAUUCAGAAAUACUUUGACAUAAGUGACAGUACAGCUGGACUUCUACAGACAGUUUUCAUCUGCAGUUUCUUACUUUUGGCCCCUUUCUUCGGUUACCUUGGUGACCGCUACAACCGGAUAUACAUCAUGGCUGGUGGUUUGAGUGUGUGGCUUGUGACAGCAGCCGGCAGCUCUUUUGUCAAUAAGUCUAACUUCUGGCUUUUGGUGGUGCUGAGAUCUUUGGUCGGGGUAGGAGAGGCCAGCUACUCCACCAUUGCCCCUACCAUCAUUGGUGACCUCUUCACUGGGCCUAAGCGGCUCAUCAUGAUCUCUGCCUUCUACAUCUUUAUCCCUGUUGGAAGUGGUCUUGGAUACAUAGUGGGGUCAUCAGUUACUCAUCUCACAGGGGACUGGCACUGGGCUCUCAGGGUCACUCCCAUCUUGGGUUUACUGGGACUUUUGUUGUUGGUGCUCUUAUGCCCAAACCCACCCAGAGGUGCUGCAGAAACCCACGGAGUCGGAGUUACAGGGAAGAGCUCUUACCGGGAGGAUGUCAAGUACCUUUUAAAAAAUAAAAGUUAUGUGUGGUCAUCGAUGGGCGUGACAGCUAUGGCCUUCCUCACUGGAGCUCUGGCUUUCUGGGUGCCUACUUUUUUGUCCAGAGCUCAGGUCAGUGCAGGAAUCCGGCCGCCGUGUACCAAAGAGCCCUGCAACGCCCAAGACAGUCUUAUCUUCGGCGGUGUGACGGUGGCCUCAGGCAUUCUGGGAGUGUUUCUUGGCACCACUUUAUCCAGAUAUUUUAGGGACAAAGUGUCUUAUGCGGACCCCCUCAUCUGCGCUGUGGGCAUGCUGGGAUCGACCCCCUGCCUAUUUGCUGUCAUCUUUUUGGCAUCAACUAGCAUUCCGGUUACUUAUAUAUUCGUUUUCUUGGCUGAGCUGCUGUUGUCACUGAACUGGUCCCUCCUGGCAGAUAUGCUGCUGUAUGUUGUUGUACCGACCAGAAGGUCCACAGCCGAGGCUCUCCAGAUUUCAGUCUGCCAUCUUCUGGGUGACGCUGGGAGUCCUUAUCUAAUUGGAGCGGUUUCUGAUGCUAUACGCAAUUCUAAACCUGCAACCCCUCAGUGGAGCUUCCGCAGUCUGAAGUACAGUUUCCUGAUCUGCCCAUUUAUCGGAAUCCUGGGCGGACUGUUUUUCCUCAUGACUUCCUUCUACAUUACUGAAGACACGAAGGCAGCCCAGCAAUUGGUUGAAGGAGACCCCCCACCACAGAACGGUCCUGUAUUUGAGCCCUCUUUGGAAGUGAACAAUGAUAGAAACAAGUAAAGCUGAACAAAAGCAAACAUGCAAUAAAAGUAUUUGUUAAUAUGUGAAGUUGAAUAUAAAAAACACCAGUGUGGAGACCGGGACGUUGGAGCUGCCUUUUUCAUCAUUUUACAGGCACACACUGAUGACAGAUGCAGACAAAUUUGUGUUAAUUCUCAAUGUCAGAUCGAAUACCAUAUUGUGUAGAUGUACUUAAUACUUAAUUUAGGCUUGAAUCAUAAAGCCCAAAAUCACAAAUAGGUUUAGAUGUUUAGAUUUUAUAUAUGACACCCUCUAUUCUUACACCCUAUAUUUGGAUAAGGAUGAGCCCCCUUGCAAAAAAGUGUUAAAAAAAGUAAAAAUAAAUGUGUAAAUACUGUCAUUUUUUACUUAACUUUGUAAAAAAAAAAAAAAAAAAAAAAAAGUGCAUCUCAUUUGUCUCAGUGUAAGUUCAUAGUGGGAGCAGGUCACAAGCUAUUCAAUGGAUGAGUGAAUGUGUACUAUACUGUACUUGAAAAUGAAAUGCUUAUAUUUUCUGAAUUGAAAUGUUUUUUUAACUUUUCAAUAAAUUUGUAAUAGCAUUUGUAAAUAAAUGAAUUCUUUUAUCACCAAA